CAGUCACAAGAAACCAAAAUAAUGGAAAGUACACGUAAGGCGAUUCGUGUGUUUGAUGCAUUUCGUAAGUUGAAAAAGCCAAUAAGACGAAAAUACCGAUUCCCGUUUUCUCAACAAUGAACAUUAUAUACUAACUCUCAAAUAUAGCCAAAACACCACCAAAUGAUCAGGUUCGAUCUUAUCGGGGGUCAUACUCUACCUUGUUGACAUAUUUUUUUAUGGUGUUUCUUAUAUGGGUUCAGAUUGGAGGAUAUAUUGAUGGAUUUAUCGACCAUCAGUUUUCGGUUGACGAAGUUAUUAGAAGCACAUUGAAUUUGAACGUUGAUAUAAUGGUAGCAAUGCCAUGCAAGUACUUAGAUGCUAAUAUACGUGACGUGACUGAAGAUCGAAACUUGGCUGAGGAAAUAUUGAACUUUGAAGGGCUUUUUGUCCCAAAUGCAUUCUGGAAUAUGGGAAUACAAAAGGAUGUACAUACCCCAGAUCUAGAUAUUGUGUUAUCGAAUUCUUUGGAAGCGGAUUACGUUACCAAGGGAGUUCGAACAAACUUAGAUGCUCCAACCUGUAGAAUAUAUGGUACCGUCCCUAUAAAUAGAGUUCAGGGGGAUUUUCAUAUCACUGCUGAAGGUUUAGGAUAUCCAGGAAUGUCCGGUAUCACUCCUGCUGACUCUUUGAAUUUCACACAUUUCAUCAAUGAGUUUUCCUUUGGUACAUUUUACCCAUACAUUGAUAAUGCAUUAGAUCUGACAGCACGUAAGACGAACCAGAAGAGACAUACAUUCCACUAUAAUCUAAAAGUCAUACCUACAGUGUACAGCAAGUUGGGCCACCAGAUUGAUACUAAUCAAUAUUCAAUCAGAGUGUACGAGACUGAUGAAAAGUAUGCUCCAGGAAUAUUUAUAAAGUACGAUUUUGAUCCAAUCAAAAUGACAGUGAUUGAAAAAAGGUUGUCUUUCUUCCAGUUUAUCAUCAGAUUGGUUACCAUCAUUGGUGGUCUCUGGGUGAUUGCGCAAUGGAUGUACAGGGGGAUGGAGAAGUUCAUUCUGAUUGCUUUUGGAAAGGAGUAUUACAGACGUGGCGAGGAAAAGAAAAGCGGAUUGCUAGACGCUGAGCCGGAGGAUGACUUUGAAAAGAUUUAGAAAAGUAUACAGAAA